AUGCAGUUAUCCUACUAAAACUCCUGCAAGUCAGGGAGUGCUAUCAUUUCCAUUUUACAGAUGAGAAACUGAGGCACAAACCACUUAAGUGAGUUCCCAAGGUCACAGUGGAAUUCUGUUAAAGAGCCUGGAACUGGAGCUAGGUCUUUCGAGUGCUAACCAUUGUACCAGCCUUCCUCUCUUCGGAAGGAGGGGACUGUGCUCAUAGGUUAUACACCUGAGCUCAGGCACCCAUUCCACAUAGAGGAAAAAACAUAGUGGGAAUAUUAACCAUGCUUCCCUGAUUUAGAGCUUCAAGAAUAAGGCCGUGUCUACACUGACAAUUGAGUUAUAAAGCUUUUGUCAUUUGGAGGUGCUAAACCGCCACCUCCAAAAGAUGAAAGUUUUACCGUGGCAAGUGUCAAUGUGAACAGCACAUUGUGGUCUCCUGUUGACAUUGAGAACGCCGCAUGUUGGGGAUGGAUGUAAUUUGUUGGCAGAAAUGCCAACAAACAGCAGUUACACUGCCUACCCAUUAGUGACACAGCUGUGUUGCUAAAAGCUAUGUCAUGUAGACAAAGCCAAACUCUCUUUUCUGAAAAUUAUCUUUGGCCAAAUGCAAGUUGUGCUUAGUCAGACAUAAGUUAUUGGGCUCAAUACAGGGCUAAUUGAGUGUAAUUUUAAGGGCCUGUGUUUUGAUAAUCUAAUGGCCACAUCUGGCCUUCUGUGAAUCUUUGAAUUCUCUCUCUUACUCCCUUUGUGUUGUAGGACAUAUACCUUCUGGCCUGAUCUGCCACCCUGAUCGGGAGCACUUUAUCUAUCCUCUGGGUUGUACCAUAAUUAUUCAAGGCCUGAACAACAAUACGCAAGCUUUCCUACAUGGCCACACUAACAAUGUCUCCUGUGUUGCUGUGUCUCAGAGUGGAUGUUAUGUUGCUUCUGGACAGGUCACUUUCAUGGGCUUCAAGGCAGAUAUAAUUUUGUGGGACUACAAGAAGAGAGAGCUGCUUGCACGGCUGUCACUUCACAAGGGGAAAGUUGAAAAAUUGGCUUUCUCGCCGAAUGACCUUUACUUGGUGUCACUGGGAGGCCAGGAUGAUGGCAGUGUGGUUGUAUGGAGCAUAGCUAAGAGAGAAGCCAUCUGCGGCAGCCCUGCUUCAGCUCGCAGUGCUGGAAAUGCUACCGUCCUGGCCUUCUCCAGCUGCCGAGACGAGUCAUUUGUUAGUGCUGGAAAUGGGACUAUUCGAGUAUGGGAACUAGAUCUACCAAAUCGAAAAAUUCGGCCAACAGAAUGCCAGACAGGGCAGCUGAAAAGAGUAGUCACAUGUAUUAUGAUGGCAGAAGACGAUAGCUACUUCUAUGUUGGCACUUCCAGUGGUGAUCUCCUGAAGCUGAAUAUGAAGAGCAAACUGAUGAGUGACUAUGGACCUGUGAAGGAGAAGUUCAGUCUGGGAGUCACAGCUUUGCUUUUGCUGAAGACGGGCGAGUUAGUGGUCAGCACCGGAGGAGGGGUUGUCGCUCUCUGUAAAGGAUCAAACUACAAACCAAUCAAGAAAAUUCAAGUCCAAGGUGGCAUCACCUCCCUCACAGGCCGAGGUCAAGGUCACCAGUUCUUCGUAGGAACGGAAGAGUCCCAGAUUUAUCGCCUCAACUACAACGAGUUUAAAGAGGAGCUCAUUGCCACCUGUCAUAACGAAGCUAUCCAUGACAUCAUUUUCCCAUCGGAAACCUCUGACUUGUUUGCCACCUGCUCCAAGAGCGACAUCCGAGUAUGGCACACCCCGGAGAACAAGGAGCUGUUACGAAUCACGAUCCCCAAUAUGACCUGCCAUGCCAUAGACUUCAUGAGGGACGGCAGGAGCAUCAUUUCAGCUUGGAAUGACGGGAAAAUCCGAGCCUUCACGCCCGAGACUGGUCGACUCCUGUAUGUGAUCGACCACGCCCACAGCAUGGGCGUGACAGCCAUCGCGACAACGAGCGAUUGCAAAAGGAUCAUCAGUGGAGGGGGGGAAGGGCAGGUGCGGGUGUGGGAAAUUGGCCAGCACACUCGCAAGCUGGAGGGCGUUCUGAAGGAGCACAUAUCCACCAUAUCUUGCAUCAAGAUUAAGAAGAACAACCGGGAGUGUGUGACAGCCAGCACCGACGGGACGUGCAUCGUCUGGGACCUCGUCCGAUUCAUGAGGAAUCAGAUGAUCCUGGCCAACACCUUGUUCCAGUCCGUGUGUUACCAUCCGGAGGAGCACCAGAUAAUCACCAGCGGGACAGACCGGAAGAUCGGAUACUGGGAAGUAUUUGAUGGCUCUGCAAUCAGGAAUUUGGAAGGCUCCCUGACUGGCUCCAUCAAUGGGAUGGAUAUCACCUCAGACGGGACCUACUUUGUCACAGGCGGUGACGACCACCUGGUGAAGGUCUGGGACUAUAACGAGGGCGAGGUGACGCACGUUGGCACGGGCCACAGUGGCAGCAUCACCCGCAUCAAGAUCUGCCCCGGGAACAAAUACAUUGUGAGCGUGAGCGCGGACGGGGCGAUCCUGCGGUGGAAAUACCCACACUCCCCCUGACACCCGGCACAGACACUGCGAGGCCACGUGCCAGUUCUGAGCUCUGUUUUCUCGUACUGCUCCACACUGUGCAAACGUUCCCCUGAUAGAGGAGCCCUGGGUUUUAUAGACGCGCAUAUUAAGUAACCUGCCCCGUCAGAUGCUCCCUGGUGUCCAUGAGACUGACCGGCCGGACUUGCUCAGGCACUGGGCACCUGCAGCCCCCGCUGGCUCCCUGAAGUUGCGGGCUCCUCCCUGUUCAGGGCCAGCCCAGGCAGUUCUGUCGGGGCUCGUGUUCCGUUGCUAAAUCCCCUUCCAGCUCCGUCUGCCUCCUUCACAAUGAACGGCUUGUCGGCGGAAUUCAGGCUUCUGUGC